AUGAAACCUGCAGAGAAAAAGCAAGAAAUUGAUGAUGAAAAGAUCGAUAUUGAGCGAGAAGAAGAAGACGGCCAACGCCCGGGAACUGCUGCAUCGAGUUCUGUCAAAUCAGAACAUGAUGUUCGAGAUACCAUUGAGCCAGUCGUGCUCGGUGAGCCCCUGGGACAUAUAGAUACUCGACGAUCUACCAAGCGUGCUCAGUCCAGAGCGUCAUCUGCACGGUCGAGGGCUCUUUCUGUUGUCCCGAGGUCCAAGAGGCGUGGUCUUUUUGCAAAACUGACAUUGGUGCCUGAGAUUGCGUAUCCUCCUGAUUACAAGAACUCGACGAAAUGGUUUCUCACCGGUAUCAUAGCAUUAGCCACAGCUGCUGCACCUUUAGGUUCGACUAUUGUCUAUCGUAAGUCCCUGGGAAAAUCAUGGCUGCAUCCAGAGUUGACAAGAAUAGCUGCCCUUCCCGUUUUGGUGAAAGAGUUCAACACUUCUGAGACUGUCACCAACCUGUCAGUCGCCUUGUAUAUGAUAUCCAUGGCCAUCUUCCCCCUGUGGUGGUCCUCGUUCUCUGAAGAGUUUGGACGUCGGUCUAUAUAUAUCAUCUCUUUCACACUCUUCGUCGUAUUCUCCGUCCUCUCUGCCAUUAGCAAGAAUAUCACCAUGCUUAUCGUCUUUCGCAUGUGCGCCGGUGGCGCUUCCGCAAGUGCUCACUCGACAGGUGCAGGCUCAAUCGCUGAUCUGUUUGAGGUGUUUGAGCGUGGCAAAGCUAUGAGUCUGUUCUACCUUGGUCCAUUGUUAGGGCCUCUGAUAGCCCCUAUUGUUGGUGGUGCGUUGACUCAGGAGAUUGGGUGGCAAGCGACUAUGUGGUUUCUCGCCAUAUACGGCCUCGUUGUCCUUUUAAUGAUCCUCUUCUUCCUCCCUGAGACGCUACAACGAAAGCCCGAGACCACGUUGCCUACUACAGAGACUCAGGAACUCAGUCGAAUGCGCACUAUGGACUCGGCCAAGGUCAAGACCAAAAACUUCGCCAAAUCUGCUCGACAUUUCCUCGUUGAUCCUUUGGGUGUUCUCCUCUAUCUACGUUUUCCACCCGUUCUCAUCACCGUCCUUCUUGCUGCCAUUGCUUUUGGUUCCCUCUACGUUGUCAACAUUGCUAUCCAGCAGAAGUUUUCCCGCGACCCAUACAACUUUGGCCAGCUUUCCAUUGGUCUCAUGUACAUCCCCUCCGGUUUGGGUUACAUCUGUGGAUCGCUGUUUGGUGGUCGCUGGAUCGACAAGAUCAUGGCUAGAGAGGCCCGUAAAGCUGGUCGUUAUGAUGAGAACGGGAAGCUGAUAUAUCUGCCGGAAGACCGAAUGAGAGAGAAUGCCUGGGUAAUGACGACCAUUUAUCCUCUGGCACUGCUCAUGUUUGGCUGGGUGCUUCGUUACGGUCUGCACCCUGUAGUACCAUGUCUCGCCCUAUUCUUCUUUGGAAUCUCAUCCAUGCUUGUCUUUGUAGGUCAACCCCUCCUCUCUCGGGCUCACUAG